UUCUCCAGCUAAUCUAUAUUCUAUCCACCGAGCGAUAUUCAACUCUCCUUUCAGAACAUCCCUCGGGAGUGUAUUUCGGUUGGGCUGGAUUACCAAUGCGAGGUGUCUUUAAAAUGGUCAUGAGUAUUGGUUGGAAUCCUUAUUUCAACAACACUGAAAAGACUAUAGAGCCGUGGCUGCUUCAUGACUUUGAUGAGGACUUCUAUGGGGAGGAAUUGCAUCUUAUCAUAGUUGGCUACAUAAGGCCUGAGGCCAAUUUUCCAUCUAUCGAGAGCUUGAUCGAAAAGAUCCAUGAGGACAGGAAAAUUGCAGAGGAAGCUCUUGAUCUUCCAAUGUACUCAAAAUUCAAGGAUGACCCAUAUCUUAAAGGCUCUACAUAAGGAUGCCCCGGGAACUUUCCGAACUCUAAUUCUUCUUCAUUUGCUGAUUGCUGGAGUUUCGAGCUGUUGUACCUUCGUUAUUGAUGAGACAAUAACAAAGACAUUGCAUGAAACAUAAUAGUGUCAUAGUGUGUAUUACAAUGCCAUAUAUCACGAGUUUGUGAUUAUUGUAUUGUAAAUUACCGAUCACUUC